GCGGAGCCGGAAGAGGCGGGCCCGGGGCGGCAGCCGGUGAGCGGGGCUGCCCGGGGCUCGCUGCGGCUGCGGGGCCGGGGAGCCCCGCGGGGCCGGGCAGGGGUCCCCGCGCCCUCUGGGUCAGUGUUGAAGUCCCUCUGCAGCCCGCCUCGUCCGCCGGAGCCUCUCGCGGGCGCUGCGGGCCCGCGAGGCCUCGGGCGCCGGGGGGGCCGGGCCCGGUGUGUGGCCGCCGCUCCCCGCUCCCCGCCGGGCGCAGCCCCCGGCGCCAUGUGGUCCGUGCUCUGGGCGGCCGUGCGCUCCAAGGCCCCGUACGUCACCUUCCCGGUGGCCUUCGUGGUGGGGCUGGUGGGCUACCACCUGGAGCGGUUCCUUCGCGGCGACCCCCCGCCCGCGGCCCAGGAGGAGAAGAGCAUCUCGGAGCUGCGGGAGGACCGAAAGCUGCAGGAGAUCGCUGGCAAGGACCUGACCAACGUGGUGAGCCUGAAGGACAAGCUGGAGUUCGCCCCUCGGGCCGUGCUGAACAGGAACCGCCCGGAAAAGAGUUAAUUAAAGUUGUGUAAGCAGAUGCGGGGCCCUGGAGUGACUGUCCCCGGGGCUGAGGCCGGCUGGGUCCCUGUCACCUCCCCUGUCACCUGCACAGCUUCCACCAGCCUCCCUCUUUACCAGGCCAAUAUGUUGUGUCCACUGCUGCUCUUCACCCUCCCAGGGCCCUCCGGAGGGCCGAGGUUUGCCCACCCCAGGGACGGGCUCAAGACACCCCCAGCCCUCCCACCUCGUGGCAGAGGGGGCAGGAGCUGUGUUGCCGAGGUGAAAUGUGGCUGAAACUCCUCAGCCCUCGGGCUGUCCUGGCCCCUGAGCCACGGAACCCUCUGGGCCUCCUUCCACCCACAUCUCGAGGUUUGGUUAUUUCUAUGGGAUGAAGAUAAAGUUAGACCUGAGUGACUCGGGGUUGGGACCUGUUGUCCUGCUGACAGUUCUGUGACUCUGCAGACCCUGUUCACAGCACCACGCUCUUGCCUUACCCCCUUGGAGCCUGCAGUGGUGGAGACCUCUGGGGAACCUUCUCUCCAUCAUCACCCGGCUUUGCAGUGAGGAAGGGAGAAAGGGGGGAGGUGGAAGCCCUGGCCUUGCUGCUGCUGUGGAGCUCCAAGUGUGGUGGUGGCUUUGGGCUGGUGUGUAGAGAAUGGGGAGAUCUCUGCCCUGUAUGGGAACAGCCAGAAUAAACUUCUGUCCAUC